AUGUUCCAGUUCCUGCUUGGAUUUACCUUUGGCAACGUGUUUGGAAUGUAUCUGGCUCAGAAUUAUGAGAUGCCAAAUGUGGCUAAAAAACUUGAAGAGAUUAAAAAGAACUGGGAAAUCAAGAAGUAA